AUGUCAUCGCCACUAUCAAUCAAGCGGCGCAAGCUCAACGAUGCUAACGCCAAGCUCAAGAAGCCCUUUGUCUCGCCUAUGCGCUCGACCAAGCCAGAGCAGGCUGGUAGUGGCCGCGUGAGAGAUGGUUUGGGCAAGACAAAUGUCGGCGCUCAACAAUACAUUCCAAGCACUCUUGCUCAUACCGUGAAGCCUGCAUACUCCAUGGCGGUACCAAAGCUAGCGAAUCCAGCAUCGACGCAAGGCGGAGCUACACCAUUGCGCAAGCAGCCGUCAUCUACAUGGUCGGCUGGCAAGAAGAAGGAAAGUGCGGAAGAGCAGGCAGCAUGGAAAGCUGUCCACGCCGUCGAAAUACAAAUCCGCGAUAUCCAGAAAGAGCUGGACAUACUCAAGCAAGCCGAGCAGCUCGCCAACUCCUCUACUGACGCCGAACUCGAAGCCUUGGCUGAGAAGUGGCGACAUUGCUCUCAGGCUGUAGCAGAAGAGCUCUUCGGCACGGUUAAGGAACGUGUGCAGAGGAUGGGAGGCGUUGCAGCUUGGCGCGAAAUGGAGAAGCGCAAGUACGAGCGAGUACACGGACUCGGUGAAUUCGCGCAAGAGGAGGAGGCCGAGGACGAUGCUGAUUGUGAAUUUGACUCUCAAGGGGAAGAGUUGCCAGAGGAAGAGCAGGAGUAUCGCAAAAAGAUGAAGAGGCAGGCUAAGCAGGAGGCAAUGGAUGCGGCAGAGGAGCCUGAUCAACCCGAAGCCGAUAUCAGUGGCGGUAAGGUGCAAAUAUGGCAGGAGGAGAGCAGUGCUGAAGACGACUCUUUUACAAUGGACAUGAUGCUGCGGUCCUUGAACAUCGAUCUGAAGGUGAUCGGUUACGACAAGGCCGCCCAGAAAUGGAUUGCCUAAAUCUGCGUCGUCAGGCUCUGACGCUGCUUGACGAAAUGCUUCAAUCGCUACUUUUCUAGAUGUGCCGAGAUACUCAAUAUGCGAGCAUGAACGAAGAGAACGGCGCAAUGAUGGAUGGAUGCUUUGAGAGUGCUUAAGAAUUAUUAAUGAAAUUUCGAAUGAAUUCCUC